AUGCCGCUGCACAGAGCGAUGAAGGCAGUCAUACGUGCGGGGACCAGAGCUGGGCGCGGCGUUCAAGGUGUGGACGCACCGGGGCCCGCCAAGGGACGUCAUGAUACUUUCUGCCUUGUUCACAAUUCCCUUCUCCACCACCCUGACGCCGCGCUUUCCUCUGACGCUCGCUCCGCAGACUCGGUGCGCUCCUUCCUCAAGCGCAGCAAGAAGGGCCGCUUCAACGAGGAGGAGGUGGCCCAGAAGGAAGCGGAGCAGGCGCAGAAGCUGGCCGAGGAGAAGGCCCUGGCCGAGGCUAUCACGGUGGGCGCCCGCUGCGAGGUGCGCAUGGCUGGGCAGCCCCUCAAGCGGGGGACGGUGAUGUACGUGGGCCUCGCAGAGUUCAAGCCGGGCUACUGGAUCGGCAUCAAGUACGACGAACCCUUGGGGAAACACGAUGGCAGCGUGAACGGCCAGCGCUACUUCGAGUGCCAACCCAAGUACGGUGCCUUCGUGAAGCCGCAGCACAUCACGGUGGGCGACUUCCCCGAGGAAGACUACGGCCUGGAGGACGAGAUGUGAGGGCGGAAGGGGGUGGGGGGAGAGGCCGAGGCUGCCCCCCGCCCUUUCACGGGGCCAGCGCGGCGCCCCGAGCUGCUGGGCUCAGAUCUGUGCGGCGAGGCAGAGCCGCGAGACGCAGCUGCACUCCUGCUUGUGUCCAUUUGUUCAGUGAAAGAUGCCACUACUCUAUUAAUAAUAUUUAUUAUUUUGCCCCCCUUCCCCACCCGCCUAGCGCCGUGAGACUAAUAAACCUGCCCAGAUGUAUGUGA